AUGGCGACACCGCAGAAAUUGAAAAGAAAGGAGAACUGGUCCAGGGCGGAGCAAGAAGUUCUUAGAAAUGCAUACUUCGAUGAAAAUUAUGCCAUCGAUAGCAAAUUCUGCCCUGGAAUAACACAUUGCGAUAAGGACAAAUCCUGGAAGAUAAUUGUGGAGCGAGUGAAUGCCCAGGGUGUGUGUGUACGAACCCUUGACGAAUGUAAAAAAACACUAUCUGAUAUUAAGACUGAUGUGAAGAGAAGGGAGCGGAGGAGGCGCCAGAUGACAGCUCUGACAGGCGGUGGGCCUCCUCCGAAGUUAGAUGCGUGGGAGGAGAAGAUGAUUCAGCUGAUCGGCGAUUCGGCGAUAGGGGGGUUUGCGGGGGUGGACACCUUUGCUCUUAAUACUUCAAGUCCAUCGCCUAUCAAAACAGCUGAAUGUGCAUUGCCAGUAGAGUCAGGUCAAACCACCUCAAACAAAGUGUCCCCUUCACUGCCCCUGGGUACUGCCAUGGUUCAGAAAAGUAAUACAAGGAUGACAACACUGCCAUUAGUGGGAGAAAACAGUAACAGUGAUAAAGGUGCAGUAAACAUUGAAAGACUUCUUAUGAAACAGAAUGAGCUCCUCAACGAAAUUCUUCAACAGCAGAAAAUUACAAACGAUUUAAUGAUUAACUUCUAUACUUUAAAGCAAUAA